UAUUCGUUGACAAAUGUGCCAUUACGAACCGAUCCGAUCUUGAAAUCAUUGAUUAACAAUUUGAUGAAAGAUGGAAAGAAAGCAACUGCAACAAGACAUAUUUUGGAUAUGCUAGAUCAUAUGUCUAAAGCAAUGCAUGCAAAUCCACUACCUGCUGUGAAAGAGGCAAUUCAAAUCGCAUCCCCACUGGUAAGACUGCAAACAAGAAAGCAAGGAGGAAAGAAUACACAAGUUCCAAUUGCUCUUUUCUUAAAUCAAUCACGUAGAAGAGGCAUAAUCGCCAUCAUUGAAGCAAGCAAAAAGAGAAGCGAUAGUAAAUUAUCACUCCGAUUGGCAAAAGAGAUGAUUGCCGUUUUGGAAGGAAGUAGUGCUGCAGUCACACGUAAAUUGGACGUUCACAAACUGGCCACGGCAAACAGAAGUAACACUGGUGUUCGUGUUUGA